GAAGAUUCACAAAAAGAAACAAAAAUUUGAGAAAAAAAAAGAUAUUAAAGGUUUUAGAGAAGUGAGAUCAAGAAGUGGUAGCUAGGCAUGGAGAAGUAUGAGAUGGUGAAGGAUUUGGGUUUUGGAAAUUUCGGGUUGGCUCGACUUAUGCGUAAUAAACAAACAAACGAGCUUGUGGCUGUCAAAUUCAUCGAUCGAGGCUACAAGAUAGAUGAAAACGUUGCAAGAGAAAUCAUCAAUCAUAGAUCUCUUAAUCAUCCCAAUAUUAUUCGAUUUAAAGAGGUUGUCUUAACUCCAACACAUCUUGGAAUUGUAAUGGAGUAUGCAGCUGGAGGAGAACUGUUCGAACGGAUAUCAAAAGCUGGUCGAUUUAGCGAAGCUGAGGCUAGAUAUUUCUUUCAGCAACUUAUUUGCGGAGUGCAUUACUUACACGCAAUGAAAAUAUGCCAUAGAGAUCUAAAAUUGGAAAAUACAUUGCUUGAUGGUAGCCCAGCACCACGUCUAAAAAUUUGUGAUUUUGGCUACUCAAAGUCUUCUAUUCUGCAUUCCAACCCUAAAUCAACGGUGGGAACUCCGGCAUAUAUAGCACCGGAAGUUUUUUGUCGUUCGGAAUACGAUGGAAAGUCAGUUGAUGUGUGGUCAUGUGGAGUGGCACUCUAUGUAAUGUUGGUCGGAGCUUAUCCUUUCGAAGACCCUAAAGAUCCUCGCAAUUUCCGAAAAAUUGUCCAGAAAAUAAUGGCUGUAAAGUAUAAGAUUCCAGGACAUGUUCACAUAUCUGAAGGUUGCAGAAACUUAUUAUCUCGUAUAUUUGUUGCUAAUCCAUCACAGAGAAGUACGCUUAAAGAGAUUCGGAGUCAUGCGUGGUUCCUAAAGAAUUUGCCAAGAGAACUAAAGGAGUCGGCACAAACAAUCUAUUACCAAAAGAAUGUUAAUCUUAUUAGCUUUUCUCCUCAAAGAGUAGAGGAGAUUAUGAAGAUAGUUAGUGAGGCAACUACCAUGCCAAACCUUGCACCCCCACUGCCACUUGAAUCGCUUGGACAUGGUGAAAAAGAUGAUGAUGAAGAAGAAGAAGAAGAGGAAUUUUUGGAUGCUAAUGAUGAAGAAUGUGAUGAUGAAUAUAAUAAGUAGACAACAACAAAAAAUAUAUUGUGUUGUCAAAUUAUGAGUUGUACUUUUAGUUUUAUUUUUGAAUUUCAGUUUUAUUUAUUUUUGGUUUAGUGAAUAUAUUAAGAAAGUAAAAUGAAAUCUAGUUUUGUGUCUAGUAACACAAAUUGAUUGGGUUGGGAGAAGAAGAUAAGGAAGAUGUUAGAACUUAAAA